AUGGGUCGCACAUUGCCAGUGCCUGUAUCUUGCAGAGUUUGCGGUGAUAAAGCUUAUGGUAAACACUAUGGUGUCUACUGCUGCGACGGCUGUUCGUGCUUCUUCAAGAGAAGUGUACGUCGAGGGACCAACUACUCCUGCAUAGCCGGGACAGGAACAUGUGUGAUUGACAAGGCCCGGCGCAAUUGGUGUCCUCACUGCAGACUACAGAGGUGUUACCUGGUGCACAUGAACAGCAAUGCUGUUCAGGAGGAGCGUGGUCCAAGGAGAUCUUCUAUGAGGAAGACUCUCAGUCUGAGAAGCACAGGCAGGAGUGCCUUCAGAUCUGUUAGAAGUCCUCGACAAUCAACAAUUCUCAACUACUUCACUCCAGGAGUGCACGAACACGCAGCCCAGGUAUUCCUCCUGAGUAUUCGCUCUGCCAGACAGAACAUUGUGUUGUCAGCACUGCCCAGGUACACACAGGACCUGGUGUUGUGCCACACCUGGAGUCAGCUGUUCUUACUACAUUGCAUCAGCUGGUCUGUUCCUUUAACAGCUGAUUGUGGUCCUGAUGUCUGUCACCUGAUGAUGGCCUGCCAGGAUCUCAAACUAAACCCAAUAGAAACCAACUUGCUCGAGACACUGCUGCUUUGCAAAAAUGACCUAGCCCAGCUGAUGACUCACUACGAGCGAGCUCGGCUAGCUCUGUCUCACCACACCGGAGUUAACCGCUACACUAUGUUGUUACUAGUGUUAUCAGCUCUUCAGGGUAUCAAUGCUGCCAGACUGCGCUCCCUACUACUCGACCCCAUCAUCGGAAAUGUCGCCAUGCAAGACAUUAUUGCAAUAAUUUAA